AUGAGCGACAAACCGAAGCCACUCAAGGUGUUUGGACGCUCCCACUAUGCUUGUACUCGCUGCAAGCUCUCCAAGAUCAAGUGUCUGGGGGAGAAACCGGCCUGUGCCAACUGUAAGGCUGUCAACAAGGAAGCUCAGUGUGUGUACCCGUCGAGGGACCGCAAGAUCGUCAUUAUGGAGUCGGAUCUUAAUAAACUACACGAGAAGGUGAAGAUGCUCGAGGACUUGGCCAAGUACCAGGCGUCGUAUUCUGAUCAGCAGCAUCUGCUGUUUCCAAGGCUUGAUUCGCCCUUGGUUCAGCGAAGAACGUCUAGUGGCAUGGCUGCUAUGCCUGAGCUGUACUUGUUGCCCGAUACUGAGAACGAUCGGGUGCCAUUGAAGCUCUUGUUACUUUGCAGACACCAGCUACCUGAUCAGCAGUACACAUGGCAGUUGCUUAACGCUGUGAGCCUGACCUACUCUCGUGAGUUCUAUAUUAUUGAUUUGGAGGCGCUACAUCCCUUGGUGAACCGCAUUUACCUGUUCUUCCUGGUCCCCAACUUGGAGUCCGUGCCUCUCCACGAACACAUUCCUUCCUUAUCGCUCAGCUACUUCUUUGGCCUUUUGGCUUUCGGAGAGCAAAUGAAGAAUAUGACCUUGGAACUGCUACCUCCCUCGAUCGCUGCCGCUACCGGAGAAGCUCACAAGUUCCCCGGAAUCGAGUACUACUCCACGGCAGCAAAGCUAUUCAGUUUGGCUCACGAGGAUAUAUCCGUUCAAUUUAUCCAGAACGCUCUUGUCUUGGGUUUGUACGUUUGCAACUUGAAUCGUUACAACACUGUCAACAACUACUUCGGCUUGGCGGUGCGCUCGGCUGUGGCUAACGGCUACCACAGGAAAAUGUCGACUCCUCGUCAAUUUACUGAUGAACAAAGACGUGCUCAUCAUAUCUUUGAAGAAAAGACAAAAAGACUUUGGUGGUCCAUCUUUGUCAUUGACGUUCUGUGGGCUGCCAAGAUGAACAUGCCUGCUUAUAUCGACUACACCGAUACGGACGUUGCAUUGCCAAAUGAGAGUCCAAUGUUGGACCUUAAUGAUAAUUUCAACACAGAAAUCCUCGAAGCCAAUGUCCACCUUGCGAAGUUCAUUGCCAAGUAUAACCGUUUGAUUUACGGUCCUAGCAUCAGAACCUUUUCCAUGAACUACAUCAACACCGAACAAUUCAACCAAAAGAUCCUUAUCAAGAACAUCAUAAACUCUCUUAAUGACUUACAGAGUCUGUUUGAGAUCCCCACGCUUUCAAGUUACAAGCAUGUAAAUAUAAUAUCGCUGCCUGAUAGAAAUGUUGCCAACUUGUUUUUGAGAUACAAUCAAAUGACAAUCCUUAUAGCGAAGCCGCUACUCUCCUUAAUUCUCAACAAGGGAAACAGAUCACUCAUCGGUGAACCAGAAAAGGUUAUGGAUGCCAUUGCAACAGUGGCUGCCUCUUCUGCGCGUUCGGUCGAGACGCUUCUCAAGCUUUAUGAGUAUAAUAAGCUUUUUGUCUUGGGUUUUUGGGACGGUCAGCAUUUAUUGUCUGCUCUCCUUCUUCUUGUGAUGGCUUCCGUUGCAGGUGUUUAUUAUGAGAAUCUCAAUAAGGCUACUGCUUUACUCAAGUAUAUGGCUGACAACCAAAAUAUCAAUGCCAUCAAUGCUAUGGAGAAGCUUGUCCAGAUCAACAGCUUCUUGAGUCGGAUUCCUGAAAUGAAUCUCAGAUUGGAUCUCGAGCUGGACAUAACCAAGUAUGUCAUCAAGAAGUCACCUUCCCUCACUGAACAGGUCAAUGGAGGAGAUGCCAGCAAUGUUCCAUUCUUCAAUCCAUUCACAGACUUAGCAUUGGAUGCGACCUACUUGAGACACAUCAGAUCUCCAGAAAUCCCCCUCUAUGAACAAUUUGGCUUCAACAAGAUGAACCAGACAUCCCAAGAAGCGCUAUACGAGAUGAUUACAACUUUACAAAGCUGGGACAAUUUCCGUGGUCUCCCAAUACACGUGUACGGUACUGGAGUUACCAGUGAACUGGAGCCACAGCAUCAGCAACAAACUCAGGCCGCCAGUAACUUUAAGAUCGAUAAUAUAAUCCAGGGUGGUUGA